UGGGGCCUGACGUCAGCAGGAUGGGGCCGCCCCUUUGGCCUGAUCUCCAGGAACCGCCCCCUCCAGGGACGUCAUCACAAACCAGGAGCCCGCUCUUGUGUGACGUGAUAAAGCCCGCUCCGCAUCAUGACGUCACAGUGCGCGUAGUCCCGUCCCCUCGCUUUCUCCCUCUGCUCCUCCGUCCGCUCCCGUCGGACGGGGACAUUGCAAUGAGGCGGGAUCGCGGCCCUAAGCCGGCCCUGGAUGGAGCUGGCGAGGUGGAACCAGGUGGGAUGGCAGCCUCUCCCACGGGCCGUCCCAGACGGCUCCAACGCUACCUCCAGAGCGGCGAAUUCGACCAGUUUCGGGACUUCCCCAUCUUUGAGAGCAACUUCGUACAGUUCUGCCCCCACAUCUAUCCUGCCCCGACCUCUGACCUCUGGCCCCAGGUGACUCGGUUGGGAGAAGUUGCCAACGAGGUCACCAUGGGGGUGGCAGCCUCCAGUCCAGCCCUGGAGCUCCCGGACCUAUUGCUUCUGGCCGGCCCUGCCAAGGAGAAUGGACACCUGCAACUCUUCGGGCUGUUCCCCUUGAAGUUCGUCCAGCUCUUUGUCCACGACAAAAGCCGGUGUCAGCUCGAGGUCAAGUUGAACACCAGCCGCACCUUCUACUUGCAGCUGCGCGCCCCACUCAAGACCCGAGACCGAGAGUUCGGCCAGUGGGUGCGGCUGCUCUACCGCCUGCGCUUCCUCUCCGCUUCCACUGUGCCCUUCACGCAGGAGUAAGAGCCCCAAGGCGUGGAAGCCAGACUUGACCCCAAGACCUCUGAACUCUGGGGACUCUGAGUCUUCCAGCAUCCUUCAAGGUCACCGAAUGACCAGAGAUCAAAGUACCUUGCCUCAGGGCCGGGCAGAUGAGAUAUUAAAGUUAAUAAAGGUCAAUCCAUUAAGAACCAACAA